AUGGACGAGAACUUCGACUUCCAGUUCAAGGUCAUUGUCAUCGGGGACUCUGGCGUGGGCAAGACGUGUGUGGUGCAGACCUUCGCCUACGGGGUCUACACCGAUGACCAGCAGAGCACCAUCGGCUUGGACUUCAUCUUGCGUUCCAUGGACAUCGAUGGCAAGAAAGUGAAGAUGCAGGUGUGGGACACGGCGGGCCAGGAGCACUUCCGGACCAUCACUCGGAGCUACUACCGCGGGGUGGACGCGGCCAUCAUCGCCUACGACAUCACACGGCGCUCCUCGUUCGAGUCUGUUCCGCACUGGAUUGACGAUGUGAAGAUGUACGGAGACGCCGACACGGUCAUCAUGCUGAUGGGGACCAAGUCUGACCUGUGCGAGAGGCAGCAGGUGCCGUUCGAGGAAGCCUGUGCGCUGGCGGAGAAUUUCAGCCUUCUGGACGCGCUCGAAACCUCGGCCAAGGAGUCCAGGAACAUCAACGAGGCCUUCGAGCUCAUGGCCAGGUUGCUGAUCGCCCGCAACAGCCUGUCCCCGCUAAGCAGCGUCUUCUACUCCAUGAACAUUGUGAUGGCCGCCUGCGGCCAGGGCUCCCAGGGGUCCGGAGCUGCUUGCCACUCGCCUUCCCCCUCCGAGGAGGGCCGAGUCCCUCUGCUGGCCUCCCUGCACAGCCAGACUGGACAGGACAGACGGUCUGAGUACCCCAGGGGCCCUUCGGCCCUGACUGAAGAGUGA